CGCUCGCCAUGGCAGCCGAGCGGCUGUCGGAGGAGAAAAUCGCCGAGUUCAGAGAAGCCUUCUCCCUGUUCGACCGCGACGGCGACGGCCGCAUCUCCACGGCGGAGCUGGGCACCGUCAUGCGCUCGCUGGGCCACAACCCCACCGAGGCGGAGCUCCGCGACACGGCGGCCGAGCUGGACGCCGACGGAGGCUCCAUUGACUUCGCCGAGUUCCUGUCGCUGAUGGCGCGGAGGAGGCGCCCCACGGACGGCGAGGAGGAGCUCCGCGAGGCGUUCCGCGUCUUCGACAAGGACGGCGACGGCUGCGUCAGCGCGGCGGAGCUCCGCCACGUCAUGACCAACCUGGGCGAGAAGCUGACGGAGCACGAGGUGGACGAGAUGAUCCGAGAGGCCGACGGCGACGGCGACGGCCGCGUCAACUACGAGGAGUUCGUCAGGAUGAUGAYGGAGAAGUGACGGCUCCUCCGCGCUCCGUCCUGCAGGUAAAUCCCGGGAUUCCUGGAAAA